AUGUCUCUAAAGCGUAUUACAAAGGAACUUAAUGACUUAGGAAGAGACCCACCAACCUCCUGUUCGGCCGGUCCAGUGGGCGACGAUCUUUAUCACUGGCAAGCUUCGAUCAUGGGUCCACCAGAUUCUCCUUACGCUGGGGGUGUGUUUUUCCUAUCUAUCCAUUUCCCAACUGAUUACCCAUUCAAGCCACCUAAGAUCUCAUUUACUACCAAGAUAUAUCAUCCAAAUAUCAACGCCAACGGUAACAUCUGUCUCGAUAUUUUGAAGGACCAGUGGUCUCCUGCACUAACGAUUUCCAAGGUAUUGUUGUCAAUUUGCUCUCUGCUAACUGACGCUAACCCCGACGAUCCUCUAGUUCCUGAAAUCGCCCACAUCUACAAGACGGAUAGAGCCAAGUACGAGGCUACUGCUAAGGAGUGGACUAAAAAGUAUGCUGUGUGA